CUUGAUAAUUAUUUCUCUCGUCAAACACCUUCGUAUAUUACAUUUUAAUUGGGUUUUAAGGCCGGGUUUCCAAGCUCCCAUAUUUUCUCUUCUUUCAAAUUCUUUUUUCAACAAUAAUUUGGAUAGGAUUAAGAGCUUAAUUAACACCCACUCCUUAUAAUUAUCCUCAUUUUUGGAUAAGAAUACAAAUAUCAUCAUCAUACCCUCUUAAUCUUAUACUAAUAUCUCAUUUCUCUUCUAAAAUUAUUAUCCCUUUUGAUUUACACUAGUAAAGAGCAAGUAUAUUCAUAUUUGUUUUUAAUUCUAAUAUUUAUCAAAUUCAACAUGGGAGAAGCCUAAUCAGUAGUACUAUAAUUAUUACUACUGUUGAGUAUUAUCAUCAUAUGGAUCCUUUAAAGGAAAUGGCAGCCAAGCUAGCACAAGACCCUCACCCGCAAUCGCCAUCGACGAGGCGGGUGUGGGUACCCGGCCCGGUGAUAGUAGGGGCGGGCCCAUCGGGCCUGGCGGUGGCGGCAUGUUUAAAGGAGAGGGGGAUCCCUAGGUUAAUCCUAGAACGGGCCCAGUGUCUGGGCUCGCUCUGGAAACUCCACACCUACGACCGCCUUCGGCUCCACCUCCCGAAGCAGUUUUGUCAGCUGCCACACUACCCAUUCCCACAGAGCUUCCCUACAUACCCCACCAAAGAGCAGUUCAUAACCUACCUUGACUCCUACGCCACACACUUCAACCUCCGGCCCAUGUUCGGGCGAUCCGUGGUAAAGGCCCAGUACGAUACCCGCCACGGGCUGUGGCGGGUACUCGUGUCCGGGCCGAAGAAAGAAGUGGUGGAAUAUGUGUGUCAAUGGUUGGUAGUGGCAACGGGCGAAAAUGCGGAACCAUACAUGGCAGAUAUAGUAGGAAGAGAGGAAUAUAAAGGAGUAAUAAUACAUUCAAGUGAAUAUAAGAGUGGAGAAGAGUAUAGUGAUAAGAAGGUAAUGGUAGUCGGGUGUGGUAAUUCGGGUAUGGAGCUUUGCUUGGAUCUUUGCAAUCAUAAUGCUUAUCCUUCCUUGGUUGUUAGGGAUUCUGUACAUAUACUUCCACAACAAAUGCUAGGAACUUCAACUUUUGGAUUGUCAAUGUGCUUAUUAAAGUGGUUUCCACUGAAGUUAGUGGAUCAAUUUUUGCUACUAAUCUCUCGAUUAAUGCUUGGUGAUACUGCCCAAUUUGGCAUAAAUAGGCCGGCAAUUGGCCCCCUUGAAUAUAAGAGCGUCUCAGGAAAGACUCCAGUGUUAGAUAUUGGGACACUUUCUAAAGUCAAAGAUGGAACUGUUAAGGUUUUUCCGGCGAUUAAAAGAUUAACACGUCAAGGGGCAGAAUUUGUUGAUGGAAGAAUGGAAAAUUUUGAUGCUAUAAUUUUUGCUACGGGUUUUAAAAGCAACGUACCAUCUUGGUUAAAGGAUACCACUAUGUUCUCUGAAAAGGAUGGAUAUCCGGUGAAACCAUUUCCGGAAGGAUGGAAAGGCGAGAAUGGAUUAUAUGCCGUAGGUUUCACCAAACGGGGCUUGCUUGGUGCAUCUCAUGACGCGAUAAUGAUAGCAGAAGACAUCGAUAGAGAUUGGAAAACUAAAGCAAAACAAUUGAUGCAACAAAGAUCAAUCUCAGAGUAAGUAAAGAGCUCUACAUAAUGGCAAACUAUGGAGUAACAAAUUUAUUGUUAGGUAAUGUACUAGGGCAUCAAUUUUGUGGUUUCUUGGUAAUGAAGCAUAUCAUGAUUCCAUGUAAAUAUUUUUUUGUAUAUAGUUCUAGAAAUGCCCUAGGUAUAGUAGGACAAAAUAGAGAGAAUUUGGAGGAUUGAAUAUCAAAGUGGAUAGACAAUUGUGGUAUU